AUGGCUCAAAAAGAGAAUGGUCAGGACUAUCUAGAUCCCAUUCUGACGCCGGGAAAUCUACGCAAAUUUGUUGAAAAUCUCCCUGGAAAAGCCAAGCACCAGCACAGCGAUUAUCAGUAUAACAGCGACUCUGAUACUUUUGAGCAUGAGAUCAAUGAAUUCUUUACUUAUACCGAAGUCACUGUCCAGUUGCAAGAGUAUAGGAGAUCAUUUGAAAAAGAGUUUCCAGAUAACAAAGCUUACCAAAUCACUCAAUUGCUGGAUGGACUGGAAUACGAGGAUCAGGAUUUACGAUUGCAGGCUUGCAAACAUGUAGCUUAUUUUGCAUUGGGGUGCUUUACAGCAGAUCCAAACGAAACAAAACAACAGCGAACAAACAGGUUGAUAGAGAAUUGCAACGUCCUGAUAUCCAACGGUGCAUUUCUCUUGUUUUUUCAAAAAUUACAGCAAUCUUGCAACGAAUACUUGAUCAAUAGCCAGAAGAAUACAGUGGCCCUCUACACAGAGAUAGAUCUUUACAUGACACUACUAUAUCUUGUACUGGAAACACAACGAUAUCAAUCUUUAUCCGAAUCAAGUCAAAAGUUCAAACAAGAGCUCGUGACAUUAGAGCCAAACCUGACUGAAUUCUUGCUCUUGCUCACUUCCAAGCUUCGAGAGAGAUUGCCAGGCAAGUCAUUCCCAACGCGAAAGACAGCGCUUUUGCUAUGGAAGUCCAUGCUAUUCAUGUCUGGUGGAUUAGACAGCAUUGCAUCUUCAGCAGAAAGACUGAAAGUAUCACUAGGCAUUCCUGCCAAAGCCUCUGUCAUUGCAAAGUGUUCACCUCAAGAUCUACUCGUAUUCCAGCAGGAAAUCACGAAAAAGUAUCCAGGCUAUGCACCGCCCAACCUGCCUCUAAAAGAAGCCAAUCCCCUGACUGUCAGCGCGUCUCCAUCACUGGCAACAGCUUUGGGCUAUUCAAACGCCAUGGAGCAUGUCGACUUGCUGUACCACACACUCUUUCCUCCAAAGUCACUUGGCAAUGCCAGUAAAAACAAACAACAGCAGCACCAUUUAUUACAAAACUAUUUCUCCUCAUCGCCCUACGUAUCUCCUGCAUUUCCUUUACCACUAUCGCAUACUCCAGGGUCUGAUGUACCGCAAAGCAUAACAGAGGCAGGCAACGUCUACAUGGCCAAUCUGCAUGUCUCGCUUUCCAACUUUCAAAUCAUAAGAGAGAGAUCCAAAGGCAUUCAUCAUUGGCAGAAUAGGUACACGUCAACCAAGGAUAAGGACACGGCAGACGACGACGUGCAGCGAUGGAUGGAAGGACUGUAUGCAAACAUGCUGCCUGAAUUGCAAAAUGUCAUUGUGGUGCUUCUUAAAUUACUGUUGAUGUCCGUGUCGCCUAAUGCAAACAACAGACACAGUGGCGAUGGUAGCAGUAGUGAUAGUAGCGAGAAAGAGGACAGAGAUGUACACGAUACGGUGACAUUGGAGUAUCUGGAAGAGGUAGACACGAAACGCAACAGGGAAGUAAUUUCAAAGGCGAUAUCGGGGCUACUUCUUUUGCUGCUCAAGUGGUCAAAAUCAUCUCACGUGUUGAAGUACGAGUAUAUCUCUCAGUUGCUGGCAGAUUCCAGUUGCAUGCUGCUCAUUUUGAAAAUGAUCGGUUUGCAAGAGGUAACUGAUAUGGUCACUGCGCAUACAGAUGUGCCCUAUUACAGCUUUUUGGACUACAAUGUCAACCGGACCGAUCAUCCUGAAGCCAACAUAAAAGAUACAACCCUGUAUACCAAUCGUCGAAACAUGUAUUGGUCAAUCAAUUUUUUGAGGAUACUACAAAUGCUGACCAAACAUAAACCGCAUCGGAUCAUGCUGCUAGUUCAGUACAAGUCAGCGGCUAUACUCAAAAAAUUGUUAAAGAUAGCACAUCCCGUAUUGGAGCAGUACGUUUUAAAGCUACUGAAAAGUCAAGUGCCCUACCUCGGGCGUAAAUGGAAAUCUCAGAACAUGAGGAUUAUUUCUGCCAUCUACUUGCAUUGCAAGACCGUACUACGAGACGACUGGAUAUGCAAAACAACUGCUGAUGAAGAUGUAGAGAUGGGAAAGAUGGAAGAGCAGCAUCUGAGGAUACUUACGCGUAUCUACAACGGCGAGAGGUACAUGCCCUCCUUCUUACCACCUCAUGAUGAAGUAUAUUCUGACACCAACAGCACACCAAGUGGACCUGGGCUGAAUGGCUUUCAGAACUAUGAUUUGGAUGCCUCCAUCGACUAUGAUUGCAUUGAUUUGGAGCCAGAAUUCAUCAACAACUACAGUGCAUGGCUGGAAACGGAGGUGUUCCAUGCUGAUGACGACCGAGAAGACGAUAGCAAAGGGCCCAGCGUGCUUCCACAGCCAGGCACUGACACUCCCAUCCCCUCGACACCUUAUCCUAUCAACAGCAAUGACCACCAUUUUACACCUGAAGAGUUGACAUUUGAAAUCAACAAAUUAUACGUUCAGGAACUGAAUGCGGAAUUCAAGCCAGCAAUGCCACUGACCAUCAACAACAAUAGCGAUGUCAAGAAACCUGAUAAAGCUUGGGACUCACCUCCUGCGCCCAAGAAAUUGACACCUCUUUUCCGAUACGAUGGUAGUGAGAGAAGCGUAACUUAUCUGCGUCCACUAUCAUCAUUGCAAGACGAAGAGCAGAAGGACGAGCAGUGGCAGAUUCAGACGCGGGAUGAACUCAUGUCUCGCUUGUUUCUGAUUGAAGAAAAAGCAGCCGAGAAAUGGCUUACAACAGUAGCAGCAGCAAGCGAUGGCAACAAGCAUGCCAUGUACUAUUUUCGGCUGCUUGACCUAUUAGAGCAAGAACAAUACUCUUUAUCCGAGUGCAAUAUGAUAAGCAGUGGUGAUGAUUACCUACAAGACAAUAUAUUUUAUGAUGAUGAUGAUGAUCACCCUCAAACAGAUUAA